AUGACUACAGCAUCCAUUCUAACAACGUACAGCGUGUGUGCUCUCUUCGCCUGCCUUGGUUUGGGUGUUGGUGGUAACCUGCCCGUUGAUGCAGCCAUCUUCCUGGAAUUCCUGCCCUUCGCCUCAGGAGCCCUGCUGAGUUCCAUGGCUCUGUUCUGGUCGAUAGGCACCCUGAUUUCCAGUUUACUUGCCUGGGCAUUCAUCGUGAAUUAUUCGUGCCCUGAAAACGAGCCUUGUACCAAGGCCAACAACUGGGGAUGGAGAUAUCUGGUCUUGUCUUUGGGUGCUAUUACGUUCGCCAUGUUCCUUGCGCGUUUCUUCCUCUUCACGUUGUAUGAGUCGCCCAAGUUCCUUGUGUCCAGAGGUCGCCAGGAUGAGGCUGUCACCGCAGUGCAGGGUAUUGCCUACAAGAACAAGACUCAGACCUGGCUCACGGACGAGGUUCUGAAUGAAAUUGGUGGAUACCCUGAAGAAGUUUCAGACCAGAAGCUUUCCUACACGGAGAUUCUCAAGCGGUCUCUUUCCAAGUUCUCGUACGAGCAGGUUAUCCCUCUUUUCAGGACAAAGAGACUCGGAAUCACAACCAUCAUCAUCUGGUUCCUGUGGACCACCAUCGGAAUGGGCUACACCCUGUUCAACGCCUUCCUGCCCCAAUACCUAAGCACGUCAUCCUCCGUCUACGAAACCUACCGCAACUAUGCCAUCACCGCCGUCUGCGGUAUCCCCGGCCCCAUGGUCGCCUACUUCACCGUCGACCUCAAGUAUAUCGGCCGAAAGGGAACCCUCGCCAUCUCCACUCUCAUCACCGGUGUCCUCCUCUUCUGCUUCACAGCCUCCCAAGAUCCCAACGCGCAACUCGUCUGCUCAGCCCUCGAAUCCUUCUUCCAGAUGAUGAUGUACGGUGUGCUAUAUGCAUACACACCUGAAGUCUUCCCCGCGCCGAACCGUGGAACCGGCACUGGUAUCGCUAGCUGUCUGAACCGGAUCGCUGGCCUUUGUGCGCCGAUUAUUGCCAUCUAUGGGGGUUCUAAUGCGUCGGCUCCGAUUUAUGCAUCUGGUGCAUUGUUGUUGGUUUCGUUUGUUGCUAUGUGCUUGUUGCCGAUCGAGACUAGGGGGAAACAGUCUCUGUAG